AUGGCAUUUCAAGGCUAUCUACUACUCCUUGGCCUCCUGGUCUUUGUUGGCUCAUUAAUUGAGAAAAGCAUUGCUGUUAUACCAAGCCAUAGCACUACUGCACUCAACCGGAGAAUUUUUCCGGAGGGUUUCAUUUUCGGAACGGCAUCGGCGUCUUACCAAUAUGAAGGUGUAGCAAAUGAAGGUGGCAGACGACCAAGUAUAUGGGAUACUUACGCCCAUAAAUAUCCAGGUAGGAUAAAGGAUGACAGUAAUGGAGAUGUCGCAGUUGAUCAAUAUCAUCACUAUAAGGAAGAUGUUGGGAUUAUGAAGGAGAUGGGUUUAGAUGCAUACAGGUUCUCUAUCUCAUGGUCCCGAGUGUUGCCAAAAGGAAAGCUAAGUGGGGGUGUGAACAUGGAAGGAAUCAAAUAUUACAACAACCUCAUCAAUGAGCUUCUGCAUAAAGGUUUAAAGCCCUUUGUGACACUUUUUCACUUUGAUCUUCCCCAAGCGUUAGAAGAUGAGUAUGGUGGUUUCUUAAGUCCUCAAAUUGUUGAUGACUUUAAGGUGUAUGCUGAGCUUUGCUUCAAGGAAUUUGGUGAUCGUGUAAAGCAUUGGAUCACACUAAAUGAGCCAUGGAGCUACAGCAAUGGUGGUUAUGCAAGCGGGCAAAUAGCACCUGGUCGAUGUUCCAGUUGGCAAAAUUUGAACUGCACCGGUGGAGAUUCAGGCACAGAACCAUAUUUGACUUCUCAUUACCAACUUCUUGCUCAUGCAGCUGCUGUUCAAGUUUACAAGCAUAAUUACCAGGCAGCACAAAAAGGUGUUAUUGGGAUUACGCUAAAUUCCAACUGGAUGGUGCCAUUAUCUGUUGCCAGGCACCACCGUAAUGCCGCGCUACGUGCCCUUGAUUUCAUGUUGGGAUGGUUUUUGGAUCCCUUGACAAAUGGUGACUAUCCCCAUAGCAUGCGAUCUCUUGUUGGAAAGCGAUUACCCAAGUUUAUGAAAGAGCAAUCUAAGUCGUUAAAAGGGUCAUUUGACUUCAUUGGAUUAAACUACUAUACUUCCAAUUAUGUAGCCAACUCACCUCACCUUAAUUCUGGAAAUCCAAGCUACUUGACAGAUUCUCUUGCUAAUCUCACCACUGAGCGCAAUGGGAUCCCCAUUGGUCCACAGGCUGCAUCAAGUUGGCUCUUUGUUUACCCUAGAGGACUUUUGCAUCUUUUGCUUUAUGUCAAGGGGAAGUACCAUAAUCCGCUAAUAUAUAUUACCGAGAAUGGUAUUGAUGAGGUCAAUAAUGCCACCUUGUCGCUUGAGGAAGCCCUUGUGGACAACCAAAGAAUUGAGUAUUACUAUAGCCAUCUUUGGUAUCUUUGGAGGGCUAUCAAGAAAGGUGUAAACAUUAAAGGAUACUUUGCAUGGUCAUUGUUGGAUAACUUCGAAUGGAACUCAGGUUACACAGUUCGGUUUGGCAUCAACUACGUAGACUAUAAGAACGGAUUGAAAAGACACCCUAAGCUUUCAGCCCAUUGGUUCAAGACUUUCCUCACGAAAUAGACAUAACGAUUGAUGCU